AUGGCCAGAGCAACUAAGAUACCUAGGCCGGAGGUGAAACCAGCAGAUAUUCUCAAUGGAGAUAUACCUUUGCCUGCUGGUCAGGCAGAGGCGGAAUUGGACCCUGAAUCAGACGAAGACAUUCCCCUUGAUGCGGAAGAGCUAAAAGAGGCACUCGGCCGGCCACCUCCGGUGAACAGCAGCUACCUCCCCCUUCCCUGGAAAGGCCGAUUAGGAUAUGCUUGUCUAAAUACGUACCUUCGCUAUUCGACGCCCUCCGUAUUCUGUUCUCGAACCUGUCGAAUCGCAUCUAUAAUCGAAAAUCGACACCCGCUCCAAGACCCCGAGCAGCCCGCACACACGGUCAAGAAUCGUCCAGACCGCAACCAACCAUCCGAUGUUGCACGCGGGCAGGCCUUCGUCGAGGGGCUAGGCUUGGCGAAUGUACGUGAUUUGGUCAAAAUCAUUCGUUGGAACGAUAAGUAUGGCAUCAAGUUCAUGCGGCUCAGCAGUGAGAUGUUCCCAUUUGCCAGUCACAAGGAAUAUGGCUAUAAGCUAGCGCCAUUCGCCUCGGAGGCGUUGGCAGAGGUAGGACGUGUGGUUGCAGAACUCGGGCACCGGGUGUCGGUUCACCCUGGGCAAUUCACUCAAUUUGGAUCCCCGAGGAAAGAAGUCGUUGAAAAUUCUACCCGCGAUCUCGAGUAUCACUCGGAGAUGCUCCAGCUACUCAAACUUCCCCCUCAACAGGACCGUGAUGCGGUGAUGAUCCUGCACAUGGGUGGGGUGUUUGGUGAUAAGGCAGCCACACUAGACCGCUUCCGAGAGAACUACGCCAUGUUGUCGCAGGACAUCAAAAAUCGGCUGGUCCUGGAGAAUGACGAUGUUAGCUGGUCUGUUCACGAUCUACUUCCUAUUUGCGAGGAGCUAAACAUUCCUCUUGUCCUCGACUAUCACCACCAUAAUAUCAUUUUUGAUGCCAAUGAGGUCCGCGAAGGCACCGAGGACAUCAUACCCCUCUACGACCGUAUAUCAGCAACAUGGUCUCGGAAGAAUAUCACCCAGAAGAUGCAUUAUUCCGAACAAACUGCAUCCGCCAUCACACCACGUCAAAGGCGCAAACACAGUGACCGCGUUACUACCUUACCCCCUUGUCCGCCCACCAUGGACCUAAUGAUCGAGGCCAAGGACAAAGAACAAGCCGUAUUUGAGUUGAUGAGAAACUUCAAACUCCCCGGCUACAAUCUUGUGAACGAUAUAAUACCCUUCAUGCGGCACGACGAAAACCAACCACACAAGCCACCCAAAAGGACAAAGAAGAAUGGAGCCUUCGUGGACCUAGAAGGCUCAAUGCCACCACCUCGCACCAUCCCCGACGAAGAAGUCGGAAUGGGUGGACCGGAUGGCAGAGUCUACUGGCCCGAGGGCAUGGAAGAAUGGCUCCGACCGGCAAAGAGAAUCGUGAAACCUAAAGCUACACCAAGCCCCAAGAAAGGCGCCUCAAAGAAGGGUAAAAUUGAGUCUAUCGCAGACAAUGCUCCCUUAGAUACACCCAUCAAGAUAGAAACGCCAGUAAAAAAGCCAGUCAGGCGGACGCGUCCAUCAACCAAGGCUCGCAACAAGCGCAAGGCUUCAGAUAUUGAGUCUACCACAGAGUCUGAAGAGACUGAAGAUAUCUCAGUGGAAGCGGACAGUGCUCCGGCUUCAACGUCAAUCUCUCGACGAAGUUCUCGUGCGAAGAAAGUGAAUUACACCGAGGAUAGCUCAUAA